GUCUAAUCAACACUGAAUUUUUGUUUUGAUUUUUUACCUGUCAAAACUUGUCUAUCCCAACUGAUUUGGUUGUAAUGUUAACACCGGAAUAAAGCAAGAAAACAUGGACUCUAAACACGCAAGGCUGAAAAGGGACAUAGAGUCUUUAUUUUCAUUAGAAGUAGUGGUUGAAAAGAUAUACAUACCGCACGAAGUAUGUCGGUUUCCAUCUGUGGCAUUUAGACUUUUAGAUUAUCCAACUAUUUUAAUUGACCAUGUAGAACACGAUCUAGCUUCCAAAAUAAGAAGGAAAGUUUCAUCUGAUCCCUAUUACGAACUUCCGAAACAAAUAAACGAACUAACCGACAAACAUGGAAAUUUUGAGCUGAAAAAGGGGAAAUCUUGCCUUCUGAAACUGCAUUUCAACACAAUGCAAACACAUUUAUCAAAUACACCUAUGUAUGUCAUGAUUAUUGACAGCUACCCACAAGUUCCAAAGCUUUUAGGAAAUACAACCGUGCCUUUGGAUGAGGUAAUAAAGGAUAUUGCUGAAGAUAUUCGAAAAGUUGGAGACACUGUUCCAUCUGUACAUGGGGACAAAGGAUUAUUUAAAGUGUUCAAUUUGAUGGGGAAAGAAAUAGGUUAUAUAAUACUAGGCUAUAGAUUGAUGUGCCUAGGAUCUGGUCUCAUUCCACAUAUUCCAGAGAGAGAAAUUGCCAAACGCCAGUCAGAAAGCAUUCAAGAACAUUCACAGCAGAUAGAAGAAAGCAUUCAAGAACAAUAUCAUGCACCGACGAAAAGCAACAAAAGUGCUAAAACUGUCCAAAGAGCAAAAACAAAAGAAUCAAAGAAGUUGUCAACAUCACAAGAUAUGGGUUCAAUGACAGAUCCUGAAAAAAAUGAUGUUCUGAUGCAAACAAUAGAUAUGUGCGACAAAGAAAUUCAUGUUGCCUUAUCUGAUAUUAAUACAGAAAAGCCGAGAGACUUACAAACUGUGUCAACUCAAACUCAAAAGAAGUUGAAUAAAAAUAGAAAAGAACCCAAACUGGUUAGUAUAGAACUUAAACCCCCAGCUGAUGACAGUGACGAUGAAUUUAUUAUAAAUAACAUUGUGCAUCCUCCGCCAUUAUUUUACAACAGUGAAAAUGAACCAAGAGUUAAAAUUCAAAGGCCUUACCUGUACUACCAGGAUGAUGCAUCUAGUGUCUAUACAGAUGAAUUAACAAUAGAUGAUUUUUCAGAUGAAGAAAAGACGCUAAGUAAACCACCAAGAAAUGUACCACUUCAAAAAGUGGCAUCAACAAAGCCCAGAACUAGAGAGGAAAACCAUGUGAAAAUUCAGCAACCUUCAGCUGAAAAAGCACCUGCACUUGGACAAUUCCAGAGUUUAAUGCUGGGAUUUCCUGGAUCAAUGACAAAUGGACCUUUAUUUCCAAUGCUGACAGCCUUAUUAAAUGAGCUUUCUAAAAUACAAGAUCCCAGAUUUGUUCAGUCUGCAGUAAAUCAAGUGAAUGUAGCCACACAAGAUAGGCAACAGCCAAGACCAUGUCCUGUACCUCAGCCUCGCAUGACACAAAAGUCUGACAUUAUAAAUUCUCCAAAUAAAUCAAAACUACAUGAUAAUAAGGAAAAUAUUCAAGCUUGUGAAAAAGAUGUACAAUUAAGAGGACGUAAAACCAAUAAAGUAUUUACAACACCUUCUGAUGGUGUUCCUAAAAAGAAAGGAUGGAUCAGAAAAACUCCAAAUGUUAGUGUCAGCAAGUCCAAAUUAGCAUAUGGUCUAACAAAUACUCAAAGACUGAGACUUGCAAAAGUAAACCCUGAAUGGUUAAAGACUAUUGAAAAAGAAGAAAAGGAAGCAAAAGCUUUGAAAGCAAAAACAUUCAAAAGGGAAGAUGAAGAAUUUGAAAAAGGAAAUCUUUCUGAUACGCUGACAGAAGUAAGACGUUUGGCAGAGAAAAACUUAAAUCAAAUGGAUGAUACAAUAGAACAAAAUGAGUCAAACUUUGAUAAUACAGUGAAAUCUACAAUGAAAAAGAAUCUGAGAAGAAUCUCUCCACCAAGGAAACCAAAACCAUCUGCGCCAAGUCCUGUAAGAAAACGAUCAAAAUCUCCAAAACACAAAUAUUUGAGUAAAGUGCAAAUAUCCAGUAAAUCUGAAUCUAGAGACGAUGAAUUUACAACUUUAGGACAAAUAGAAAAAGAAGAACAUGUUUCUGAUGAAGAAGAUGCAAAGAGUUUCAAAAGCAUUGAAGUGCGAAUACCUAGUGCUCAGAUGUAUGAAGAUGAUAGUGACUUUGCUGACAGUCCUAAAAGUUACAAAUAUCCUGGACACACGGAUAAAAGUAGAUCUGAAGAAAGCAGUCCAAAUGAUAAUAAGUUUCCUGGAUUUAUGGAUCAUAAUGUUUCCGUCCCUGCAUCAAUAAAUGGUAAAACUAAUGAAUCACUGAAUUCAACAAGAGAUAAUUAUUAUGAACAUGAUGAAGAGGAUUACCAACCACUGGAGUCUACAAGAUAUUCCAAACCUAACAAAUCUCAUGAUGAAAUUGACACACAACAGUUUCAGUCAACAGAAGAACCCGAACUUCAGAAACUUAUGAGUUCUGGUGAGAAAUCCGAAGUUUCAGAUAUUUUAAGCACAAGUCGAUCUGAAGUCUCACCAAAUGUAAUACCUCCUUUUGAUUAUAACAUGACAGCCGCCCGAUUUCAAGUUCUUAAUCCAAAAACUUCAAUGCAAUCACCAUUACCAGCCAUUCGUAAAUCGCAGACAAAACUAGACGGAUCUGGUAGAACAUCACCUGUGGUUACGCCCAGAUCACCGGGUAGUUCUCGUCAUCCUACUCCAACACCAAGAAAGAAAACAGCUCAGAGAAAAAGAAUGGACUUUAAACCAGACUCUAUUCAUACAGAAUCAGUCAGUUCGUAUAUUCCCUCAGACGACGAAGAUAUGCUCGGUAAUGAUGGGUACUCAGAUGACUUUAAUGACAAUAGUAGCUCACGAAUGUCUCCUAUUGUAAGCCACUCUAACAAAUGGAUUCCUUCCACAAAACUGGGUUAUACUAUAAGUUAAAACAGUUUUUAACAAAACUUUGUUAUUCUAUAAAUUGUAAAAGUUAGGUUAAAUUGAUAAUAUAUAUUUAGUCAUUAUAUGGCUAGUUAUUGUACAUUUUUUUUACUUUUGAAAUUUUAGAUAGUCGGUACACACAUAUUUUUUUUAUUAAGAAAAUGAAACCAUACAAGUAUAAUAUUGUGCAUGUAAUGUAUAAUGUACUGUAAGAUUUCCACAUUUAAAAAAAAAA